AUCCUUGUACUAAGAAAUCCAACCUCGGAAACGGUAAAGCAACCAUGGCGUCGCCCUCCCUCCACAGCUGCAAGGUCCUGCAGCCUCAGGCCGCCAUUGCCAGAGCUCACAUCUUCUUCCACCUCGCUGCCAUUCUCACCUUGCUCUACUACCGAUUCUCCGUGCUCUUCCGCGGUCAAAACGUCGCCGUUUUGCCCUGGGCCUUCGUCACCAUUUCCGAGCUCAUCAUCUCCUUCGUCUGGUUCCUCUCGCAGUCUUUCCGGUGGCGCCCCGUGACCCGGCGGGUUUACCCGGAGAACCUCCCCCGCGACAGCGAGCUGCCGGGGGUGGACUUGUUCAUCUGCACCGCCGACCCCAAGAAGGAGCCGACGGUGGAGGUGAUGAACACGGUGCUGUCCGCGAUGGCGCUGGACUACCCGCCGGAGAAGCUGGCCGUGUACCUAUCCGAUGACGGCGGAUCGGCCGUGACUCUGGCUGCGAUAAAGGAGGCAAGUGUGUUCGGGAGGGCGUGGCUUCCCUUCUGCCGAAAGUAUGGGAUCAAGACCAGGUGCCCGGAAGCCUAUUUCUCGUCGUUAGCCGACGACGAACGUCUCGCUCGGAGUGAGGAAUUUGCGGGCGACGAGAGGGAUAUAAAGUCGAAGUAUGAACUAUUCAAGAUAAAUGUAGAAAAAGCAGUUGCAAGCCUCGGAGAUGCCUCCAAUUCUAUCACGUUAGACCGAGCUCCACAUGUCGAGAUCAUACAUGACAAUCGAAAGGAUGGAGAAAACCAGGACAACAAAACCAAGAUGCCUCUGCUCGUCUACGUCUCCCGCGAAAGAUCACCGCACUAUCCUCAUCGUUUCAAAGCCGGCGCCCUCAACGCCCUCCUUCGAGUUUCUGGGAUAAUCAGCAAUGGCUCAUACUUCUUGGUGUUGGACUGUGAUAUGUACUGCAAUGACCCAACCUCAGCUCGGCAAGCAAUGUGUUUCCAUCUCGAUCCUCACAAGUCUCCUUCGUUGGCUUUUGUGCAAUACCCUCAGAUUUUCUACAAUGUUAGCAAGAACGAUAUCUAUGAUGGUCAGGCUAGAUCAGCUUACAAGACAAAGUGGCAAGGUAUGGAUGGGCUGAGAGGAACCGUGUUGACGGGUACAGGAUACUACAUGAAGAGAAAAGCAAUGUUUGGAAGUCCUAAGCAUGAGGAUGAGAAUCUGCAUGCACCCGAAAAGAAUUUUGGAUUUUCUAGCCAGUUCAUUGCUUCACUAGAUGGUGAAGGUGAAACCUAUGUUGCUGCAAAAGAUCUUUCCUCGGAUGAAAUUUUACAGGAGGCAAAGUAUUUGGCUACUUGUGCCUUUGAAAAGAACACAAAAUGGGGCCAGGAGAUAGGAUUCUUGUAUGCUUGUUUGUUGGAGAGCACGUUUGGCGGUUACAUUUUGCAAUGCAAGGGAUGGACUUCAGUCUACCUUUAUCCAGAAAGGCCUUGUUUCUUGGGUUGUACCACAAUUGACAUGAAGGAUGCCUUGGUUCAGCUUAUGAAAUGGUCCUCUGGAUUGUUCCAAGUUGCUAUGUCAAGGUUUUGCCCUCUCACAUACGGGGUUUCAAGAAUGUCCAUUCUUCAAAGCAUGUGCUAUGGAUAUUUCAUGUUCACACCCCUUCUCUCAGUUGCUCUCGUCAUAUAUGGCAUUGCUCCCCAACUGUGUCUCUUUAAUGGCAUUCCUUUGUUCCCUAAGGUUUCGGAUCCAUGGUUUGCUGUGUUCGUUGUUUGUCAUGUAUCCUCCCUUUGUCAGCACUUGUUUGAGGUCCUCUCUAGCGAUGGGACUGUUAGAACCAUGUGGAAUGAGCAGAGAAUUUGGGUAAUAAAGACAGUUUCAGCUAGCUUGUUUGGACUAUUGGACGUUUUAUUGAAAUGGGUAGGCAUACAAAAAGCAAGUUUCAGGUUGACAAACAAAGUUGUGGAUAAAGAUAAGCUCGAGAAAUAUGAGCAAGGAAAAUUCAAUUUCGAGGGGGCUGCAACCUUCAUGGUUCCCCUGACAAUGUUAGUAAUUUUUAACCUGGUAUGCUUCGUCGGUGGCAUGAGAAGAGUGAUCAUUGAGAAGAACAUUGGAGAGAUGUUUACACAGGUUUACCUCUCCUCCCUUCUUUUGGUCAUGAGUUAUCCAAUAUUUGAAGGUUUGAUAACAAGGAGAAACAAGUGAAAGCCUUGAGCAUCUGUUGGCUUCAUCAUCAAACGGCCAAGUUUUAUGCUUUUAUGGAACUGAUCGGCACACAAGACUCGGCAAUCUCUGUGUAUUAGCAAUAUUAUUAGUCAUACAUUUGUGAGGUUUGAGGCAUAUUAUUGAAGAGUUGAAUAUUGUUCCUUUUAUGUCUGUAAUGAAAAGACCAAUCCCUCGGGAGAAAGUCGAAUGCUUUGAUUAUGGGACAUCUAAAUGUAUUUCAGCCAUAAAAAAAUAAAGAAAAUAUUGUCCCA